AUGGCAUCACUUGAUAACCAAGGCCUAUGGUCUGAAAUAGACAUUCUGAAGUUACUGGAAUGCAUGAAGCAUAAUAUCCCAUCAGAUGACUCCAGAGAAUUCCAAAAGAGCCAGACCGAUCUAGACUGGAGCAAAGUAGCUUUUGGACUGUUUUCAGGAGAAAUGUGCAAACAGAAAUGGAUGGAGAUUUCUUGUAAUUUAAGGAAGUUCCGCACGCUGACAGAAUUAGUGCAAGAAGCCAAGGAACUUAUGAAAAAAACUCACAAAAAUAAAAUAGUCAAGGAGCAUCCUGACCAACCCAAAAGACCCUUGACUGCCUAUCUGCGCUUUUACAAGGAGCAGAGAGCCAAAUACUGUCAGAUGUACCCUAAGUACAGCAAUGCACAGCUGACCAAAAUCCUGGCUGAGAAAUACCAUCGGCUGCCGGCAGAGAUAAAGCAGAGAUAUAUCAUGGACUUCAAGAAGGAGAAACAAGACUUUCAGAAAAAGAUGAGUCAAUUCAAGAAAAACCAUCCUGUUUCAGGGCAUCCUAAGAAAUCUGAGGUGCCCCAGAGAUACCCAACCAAAGUCCCUAUGAAGUCACAAAGAGAUAUGAAAAAUAUCAAGUCUCUGGUAAAAACAGAACUUCCCAAAACAGUUUCCUCAGGUAUGAAAUUUCAGGGAGAACCCAGGAAACCCCCUAUGAAUGCAUAUCACAAAUUUCACCAAGACUCAUGGUCAAGUCCGGAGCUGAGGCAUCUGUCCUUUAGGAAGCGCUGGGUUGAAAUUGGCAGGCGUUGGCAUCAAGUCCCGGAGAACGAGAAAGAGCAUUAUAGCAAACAGGUUGAGAGGCUCCAGAAACAAUACAGGGUGAAGCUGGACCUCUGGCUCAAGAGAUUGUCUCCUGAGGAAUAUGCUGCAUACAAAGAGGCAAAGGCCACCUGUGGUAAGCGAAAAAACAUGGGCAUGUCUGGAGGCAGAAGCCCCAAGUUUGGACGAACAGACGAUCUGCAGUCCUCCUCAGAGAAAGGGCUUCAACUAAAGCCUUCAGAGGUAGAGGAGCUACUAGAUCCUGGGACAGAUUCCUCAGAGACUAUUCGGGGUCAUCAUGAUAGCUCCCAGUCAUCCAGGCAAGAUAUCACGGAUGAGAGCGAAGAAGAAGAAGAGGAAGACUCUAGCACCUCCUCAGAUCCUAGUAGUACAGAUGAAGAUGAUGAAAAUCUUCCUCAGGGGAACCCUCAGAUUUAG